CCACGGGACCCUUUUCAGCUCAGGGUGGAUGGGAUAAAAGGCUCAUCCCAGGCCAGCAGACAGACAGACAGGAAGGUAGAGGGCUGGAAUCAGCGGCUCUCCUGUGCAUACUGUGGGGUUCCGGCUCCCGGAGGCAGCCAUGACCCUGCCCACACCGUGGGGCGCGGAGCAGCAGCUGGAGGAGAUGAUGGAGCUGACGGCGCAGAACCUGCCCUGGCUGGAGGUCACCCAGUCGUACACCAUCCUGAGGGAGCUGGGCAGCGGCUCCUAUGGCCACGUACUGCUGGCCGUGCACCAGCGGCAAGGCAGCCCGAUGGCGUUGAAGUUCAUUGAGAAGCGGGACACUGAGCUGCGGGACUUCCUGAGUGAGUACUGCAUCGCGCUGAUCCUGGCCGCCCACCCCUGCAUCGCCAGCGCCCUGGGUAUCGCCUUCCAGACCAAGCACCACUAUGUCUUCGCGCAGGAGCUCGCCCCUGCAAGGGACCUCUUCUCUCUGCUGCAGCCACAGGUGGGGUUCGGGAUCGCGGAGCUGCAGGUCAAGCGCUGUGCUCUGCAGCUCGCCAGCGCCCUGGAGUUCAUGGGGGCCAAGGGGCUGGUUCACCGCGACGUCAAGCCUGAGAACGUGCUGCUGCUCGACCCUGAGUGCCGGCGUGUCAAGCUGACCGACUUCGGGCUGAGCUGCCCGCAGGGCACUGCCAUCGAGGCCCUGCCUGAGAACCUGCCCUACACGGCACCCGAGCUGUGCCGCCUGGGGCCCUCGGCUCGCCUGCCGGCCCAGCCCAGCCUGGACGCCUGGGCACUGGGCGUGCUGCUCUUCUGCGUGCUGACCGGCUUCUUCCCCUGGCACACGGCCGCCGACCGGCACUACCGGGACUUUGAGCGCUGGCAUCGCAGCCCCCGCGUCCGCCCGUGCCCACCCCACUGGGGACGCUUCACCUACGAGGCCCGGGAGAUGCUGCGGGGGCUGCUGCACCCCGACCCCGUCCAGCGCAGCCCAGCCGGCAUUGCCAUGGCCCACGUCAAGGGCCCCUGGCUGGAGCCCAAGGAGCCGGGCGCUGCCCGCGCGGACAGGACUCUGCUGAGGAGCAGCCAUUGCCGCUGAGCCCCAGCCCCGUGGGCACUGCCGCCAGGCACAGGCACCCGCCAUGGCCAAGGGGACGCAGGGACCAAGGACUUGCAGGACACAUUGCUUAGCAGGGACCAUGGCCAGAGGCUGGUGCUGGGGGCCUGGCCUGGGGGAUUGCAGAGAAGGCGGGAGCGGAGGAGGGGUAAUAAAAGCACAAU